UAUAAAUACCUGCCAUGCUAACACUUGUAAGCAUUAAGUGUUGUCAUCCUUAAAAAUGACAAUGUUCCAUUUGCUUCGGUCUUUGAUCAUCAUCUGCUUGGCUAUACAGCUUUGCAAUGGAACGUGUUACUGGAAAAAACCAAAACAGAAAAAGGUGUCGUUAUGCUCCUCGUCGACCACCAUUAAGACCUCGUCGAAAUUCAACUCGGCGGUGAACUCGCAGAACACGAUUUCGGACCUGGAAACACGUCUGAAUAAAAUAGAAACCAACUCUGCGGAAGACAGCGAUGAGAUCGGCGACGACAGUAGCGAAGACCUGAACUACAGGGAUAGCUGUUCAACGCUGAAGUUGAGACGAUCCGUCCAGAGUCGCACGCUCUCGAAGAAAAUCAAUAAAUCCAUCAGCAAGACCAACACGAGAACGGUGGUGAGCAGGAGAAAAGCCACCCCUUACGUUGCGACCACCAACGUCAACGUCGGCACCACCGUGCAGGGCAGGUCGAUCAAUAACGGCUUCCAGAGAUCGUUCCAGCAGACCACCAGUACCAUUACCAGCGCAAACACGCUGGGCGCAUCUGGAAACGUUAUUCUGUCGAUACCGGUCGGCUACGUCGCGAACACCGUGUCGACGACCACAACGCGUUUGCUGACCGAACAGGAAGCCGCCCGUUUAGGACUAAUGAGCGCCACGUCGGUGUACGGAACCACGGCGUACUCUUCUUCUGCCUACCAGAACGGUGGUGAAUCGGUUUUGUCGGACACUACCGUCAGCCGAUCCACGAACAGCAAUUUGCUGCAAGUGCAGGACAACGAAUACAGAGCGAACGGAUACAACGCGAAAGGAUAUUACACCAGCGGUGGCAACGUGCAACGGAUCGCCGGCGGAUCGUACAGCGAAAGAUAUGCAGAAACGAGUCAGCCCAGAUUAUCUCCGUCGGUAAACACCAACAAUCGAAAUUUAGUGGAUGGCAGUAACGAUUUCAUAUCUAAUGAAAAUAAUCUUAACACCGGUUCCCUGACAAGUGCUAGAAGCGUGAACACGGUCGGUCAAAUUAAACAACACUCGAUGAACAGCAUUAGUAACGGCGAAAACUAUGGCGAAAACACGGUCGUAAGCGGUGUUGAUAAAUCGUACCAGACCGGUUCGAUCGAUAACAAGAGUAACGUAAAUCAAAUCAACCAGGUCGGCCAAACAACCGCUACAAGGCAAGUUAAAAAAGUCGGUAUUGUCACAGAGUCCAACUCGAACGUUUUGGGUGGCGGCAACAAAUUGGAUGAAUCGAAAUUCGCCGAAGACUACGAGAGCGGAAAACAAGUUCAAGCUCAGGUCAUCAACAAACACGCCAGCGCCACGCACGUCGUGACUAAAGGCACGGGAAGCGCGAACGUCGUUGCGGAAAGAAGUGUCAACGUCGCGGGAAGAAGUAUCAACGUCGAAAAUGGUGAGGAAUUGGGGUCUUUGGGCACCGGCACCAGCGUAACGGGUCAAAUCGUCGGCGGGAAACAAAUAAAAUCGGUCCACAAGCAGACCGUCACGCAGCAGAGGAGCUUGGGCGUGAACAAAGUGAACCACAGCAAGACCGUGUCGCAGAAGAGCGUACAACGGAGCCUGGUGACCGGUAAGACCGUGGGAUCGACCAAUGGAUCGACCGAGGACAGCGAUGAAGAAGAAGAAGACAGCGAGGAGAACGACGACGCUUUCGUGGACGAAGUGUCGGUGUACGAAUAUCUGAAAACGUACCACCAGUACCGGUUCGACAAAGGGUUGAACUCGGUGGGCAUCAUCCGAGAAGUGCUGAGCCAACUGGACUAUCAGCGUUACAUGCUCAUGGACGACAUCGUGUACCCACAGGACAGCACCCGGUACGUGGCAGACGAGGAGCAGUUCGAUUUCAUAAUCGUGGGUGGUGGUAACGCGGGUUGCGUGCUGGCCAACAGGCUAUCGGAGACGAGGCAAUGGAAAGUGUUGCUGAUCGAGGCUGGCGGUGACCCGUACCCAGUGACGCAGAUUCCCGGGCUGUGGGAUCGGACACUUAACAGCGCCGCGGACUGGCAGUACAAGUUGGAGCCGGACAGCACCACCGGGUUCGGGAUCAGUGGCAACAUUAAGCUGCACAAGGGCAAGUGCUUGGGCGGUAGUAGUACCACCGGGCCACAGGUCUACGUUAGGGGCAGCGAAAAGGCGUACGAGACGCUGGUGAAGAAGGGCUUGGACAGCUGGUCGUACAGCAAGACGGAGAGCUAUUUCAAGAAGGCGGAGAACGUGCGUUCGUUGACCAAGAUCGAGACAAACGUGACCACCACCACCACCACCACUUACGGCACGUGCGGCCUGUUGCCCGUGAAGUACUACAAGAAGACCGAAGUGACCGUGUUAGAGAAGCUGGUGGGUUCCGGUUUCGAGCAUAUUGGGUGCAAGAAGGAGCGGGACAUUAAUGACAACGGCGUCGAGGUAGGAUUUGUGUCGAUGCAAGGGAUCGUGAAGAACGGCCGGUCGGUGAAUACGGCCAAGGCGUACCUGGGGCCGACGUUCGGCCGGGAGAACCUGAAGGUGAUGAAACGCGCGUUCGUGACCAGGUUGACGGUGGACGCGAAGAGCUCCGCGAAGGUGACCGGGGUGGAGGUGCGCACCAAGUACGGGCAGAUGCUGACACUGAGAGCCAACAAGGAGGUGUUGGUGUGCGCGGGUGCGGUGGGCUCGGCGCGACUGCUGAUGGCGUCAGGCAUCGGGCCGGCCGAGCACCUGUCCGCGGUCGGUGUGCCGGUGGUCAAGGACCUGAACGUGGGCGCGAACCUGCUGAUCGCGCCGGUGUUCACGGGGUUGGUGGUGUCGUACGACAAGCCGUUGGUGUGCAACCAGACGGCCGAUGAGAUCGCGUUCAAGUAUCUGGCGAGGCGUUCGGGACCGUUGAGCGUACCCAAGGGUUUGAGCUUCGGUGGGUUCCUGAACACGGGCACGUCCGGCUCCGAGGCGGCGGACGUCGAGGUGCACCAGUUCUACGUGCCGAAGGGUUCGUACGAGGUGCUGUGCCAGUUGAAGUCCGUGUACGGGCUGAGCGACAGUAUGCUGUCGGUUUACGCGAAGCUGAACAGAGAGCGCGCUAUCUCGGUGUUCACGGUGGCGCUGGUGGACGUCAAUAGCGCGAGCAAGGUUUUGCUGCGGGACAGCAUCGGCAUGAACACCGACCCGAUCGUGGUGGGCAACAUUCUGACGGACGAGCGGGACGUGAACCGCCUGUUGCAGGCGGUCAAGACGCUGGCCGGCAUGCAGUCGGCGAUCGGGCUGAAACUGGUGGACGCGCGGCUGGAGGAGAUCGACAUCGACGGGUGCGCCGAGCACGCGCCCAACACCGACGGCUACUGGCUGUGCCUGUUCAAGUACAUGGUGUCGACUACGUCCAGCACCGCGGGCUCGUGCCGCAUGGGACCGGACAGCGACCCGGACGCGGUCGUCGACGGCCAGCUUAACGUGCGCGGCGUGUCCAACGUUCGCGUGGUCGGCCGGUCCGUGCUGCCGAUGGUGACCAGUGCGUACAGCCACAUGCCGUGCAUCAUGGUGGCCGAGAGGGCGAGCGACAUGAUACGCGACAAGUACAACCGCUGAACACCGCGCGUCUCUACCUCUCCCUGUUUCUCUCCCCCUGUCCGUUGUCCCUCCCUCUCUGUACAGUAUACUUAGCGGUCAGUCCGGCGUCCAGUGCUCCGCGCACCGGAAACGAAAUAUAUUAAUUUUACUAAACCAUAAUAAAACGCUUGGCAAAUUAAGACACA